AACCAAUGUCUCUUGAGUUCUAUCGAAUUUGAUGAAUACGGUUUGAUGUAUUACAAACAAUAAUUUUAUUGUCUACUAUUAUUGAAGCUUGGAGGUUUCCACAGCUGGAGCCAUGGCUAGUUCUUCUGCUGCUGUUGUUUCUUCUGGUGAUUCAGACUCAUGUAGAAAACAGAAUUUGGGUGUUAGAAUUACUGAUGGCACCAUAUCUGCGACUGAAAACUCUGAGAUAGAUUCUUCUGGGUUUAGUAGGAAUACUGAAAGUGAGUUGAAGUACAUAUCUGAUAAUAGUAUUGAGAUAUCCUAUACAGAAUCCUCAGCUUUGCUUCCAUCCUCAGCAAGGUUGCGAAGCUGUGAUAUUUUUAUUGGAUUCACAGGAUGCAAACCAGCUUUGCUCAGAUUUGUGAAGUGGCUCCGUGCAGAGGUAGAAUUUCUGGGGGUAUCUUGCUUUGCUGCUGAUAGAAGCCACUGUAGGGAUGCGGUGGAGCACAAUAUUGUUGAGACGGCAAUGAAUGCUGCGACUUUUGGAGUUGUUCUUGUUACAAAGAAGUCAUUUUCAAACCCAUAUAGCAUCUAUGAGCUUAAGAGUUUCUUGGGCAAGAAGAAUUUGGUUCCCAUUUUUUUUGACUUGGGACCUGGGGACUGCUUGGUGAGUGAUAUUAUUGAGAAACAGGGGGAGGUGUGGGAAAAACAUGGCGGGGAGCUUUGGAAAUUUUAUGGUGGGGUAGAGAAGGAAUGGAAAGAAGCUGUCAAUGGGCUCUUGCAUAUGAAUGGAUUGGAAGCCCACUCCGGUAAUUGGAGGGAUUGUAUCUUAGAGGCCAUCCUUCUUAUAGGGACUAUGUUGGGGAGGAAUAGUGUGAUAGAUAGGGUGAAAAGGUGGAAGGAGAGGGUUGAAAAAGAGGAGUUCCUAUUCCCUCGAAAUGAAUUUUUUGUUGGGAGGAAGAAAGAGCUUCUUAAGCUUGAACUAAUAUUGUUUGGAGAUGUGAAAGGUGAUGGAGAAAGUGGCUGCUUUGAAAUCAAAACAAGUCAUCGAAGAAAGCAUUCGGUAGAAGGUAGAAGUAGGAGUAAGGGCAACAUAGAGCCAAGGGUAGAAAAUCAGCAAGAGGAGAGAGGUAAGGGGAAAGAGCCUAUGCUGCGGAAGGAGUUUGAAAAGGAGAUUCAAAUGGAACAUUGUGAAUGUCCAGAAACACUUUGUCAGAUCCAAAAAGGAAAAGGUGUGGGAACGCAAACAAGUAGGAAGAAAUAUGCAAAUUUAAAACAUGGAAAGGGUGUUGCUUGUGUAUCUGGUGAGCGGGGCAUUGGCAAGACCGAGCUUUUGCUGGAAUUUGCAUAUAGAUUUGCUCAAAGAUAUAGGAUGGUUUUGUGGGUGGGUGGGGAGGCCAGAUAUAUUCGACAAAACUACUUGAAUUUGUUCCGUCUUUUUGAAGUAGAUGUAAGCAUUGAUAAACAGCUUUGUCUUGAGAGAAAUAGACCUAGGAGCUUUGAGGAGCUGGAGGAUGAAGCCAUUCGUAGGGUGAGGAAAGAACUCAUGCGGGACAUUCCCUUUCUGAUUUUGAUUGAUAACUUGGAGGAUGAGAAAGACUGGUGGGAUGCAAAGAAUGUAAUGGAGCUUCUCCCAUGUUUUGGUAGAGAAAGUCAUGUUAUUAUAUCCACUUGUCUUCCUAUGAUAUUGAACCUUAAGCCUUUGAGGCUCUCUUACUUAUCAGGCAUGGAGGCAGUGUCCUUGAUGAAGGGAAGUUUGAAAAGUUUCUCGAUGGCAGAUAUUGAUGCUCUUCGAGACAUUGGAGAAAAAUUGGGUAGACAUACCUUUGGCCUUGCUCUAGUAGGGGGAAUCCUUUCAGAACUUCGAAUUGAUCCCCAUGGACUCCUUGAUGCAAUUAAUAAAAUGCCUUUCAAAGAUUUUACAUGUACUAGUGGAGAAGAUCAAUUGUCGAGGUGCUAUCCCUUUCUCAUGCGGCUUUUAGAUGUCUGUUUCUUACUUUUUGACCGUGUUGAUAAGGUAGCUUUGAGAAUGGCAUUAGCAAGUGGUUGGUUUGCUCCUUUACCAGUCCCAGUAUCACUAUUGACUUUAGCAUCCUCUGAAGUCUUGAAGGAGCAACCUGGGUCCAAUCUUCGAGAGAAGUGCUUGAAUUUCUUAAAUUUUAAAUUCAUAAUGUCGAAGUCUAAGAGGUCGGUGAUGGAAUCAUCGAAUAUGUUGGUGAGAACCGGGUUUGCAAGAAGUACCACCAAGCGUGGGUUAAUUUUCUUUCACGAGAUUAUCAAGUUCUAUGCUUGCAAGAGAGAUGGUAGUGGUACUGCUCAUGCUAUGUUUUCUGCAGUUAACUCAAUGAGCUUUCAUAGUGAAUAUACUGAACAUAUAUGGGCUGCAAGCUUCAUAUUAUUCAAAUUUGGGACAGAUCCAGCCAUUAUCAAGCCCAAGGUACCUGAGUUGGUCUCCUUCAUAGGGCAGUUAGCUCUUCCUCUAGCUAAAUACAUAUUCAACAAUUACUCACGGUGCAAUGCAGCUUUGGAGCUCUUACGCAAAUGUAUCGAGGCUUUGGAAGCUGUUGAGGAAUCUGUAAUUUCACAAUUGGAUAAAGAGCAGGAGAAAUCUUCUUGUUGGGGAAGCACAUGCCCAUAUCUCUAUCGAGAAAUAUCUCUCUUGAAAGCAACCUUGCUUGAAACAAGGGCUGAGCUAAUGCUUAAAGGUGGGGAAUAUGAAAUUGCAGAACAGCUAAGUCAGGCAGCUACAAACAUACGAGAGGCGUUUAAUGGCUCAAGUGAUCAGAAGUCAAGAUCUUCUUGUGAUUCCAUAGAUCACCUCUUAAGGCCGCAAUCAAAUGCCCCAUACAAAUGAUC